CUCAAUGGCGGCCUCCGACCCCCGGCGGGACCCAGGCCGCUGGGCCGCCGCCAGCCUCCGAGCUCGGGAGGCCCCGGAGGCGGGGCCCAGGCCCCGGGGCAGCCUCUGGCGCCGCCUGUGCCGCUGCUGCGGGCCCUGCUGCGGCCGCUCCUCCGCGGGGCCCUGGGAGCCCGACUCACGCGAGGCCCCGGCUCGGCGAGGCCUGCAGGCCCCGCGGCCUGGCCCCACCCCCCAGGUGGCCAAGGGCACUCACGUCCUCAUCCCAUUGGGCGAGAGCUCGGCCACCGGUUGGACGGCGGAGGAGGAGGAGGAGGAGGAGGGGGCGGAGCCAGGGGGAGGCCACGCCCUCCGCCUCCGCGUCACGGCCCCGCCCCACGCCCCCAUUGGCCGCUACCGGCUGAGCGUGCGCACGCGCACCCCGGAGGGCGGGGAGUACGCGGCGCCCUUCGACGAGCACAAUGACGUCAUCAUCCUCUUCAACCCAUGGUGCCCCGAGGACUCGGUGUUCAUGGAGCCCACGUCGGACCUGGCCGAGUACGUCCUCAACGAGAGCGGGCGCAUCUUCUACGGCACCGAGGACCAGAUCGUCGAGCGCUCCUGGAACUACGGGCAGUUCGAGCAGGGCGUGCUGGAAGCCUGCCUCUUCAUCCUGGACCGCCGAGGGAUGCCCCAUAGCGCCCGGGGGGACCCGGUCAUGGUGGCCAGGGUGGUGUCGGCCAUGGUGAACUCCCUGGACGACAACGGGGUGCUGGUGGGGAACUGGACGGGGCGCUACGAGCAGGGCACCAACCCGUCGGCCUGGGCGGGCUCGGUGCACAUCCUGCGGGGCUUCCUGAGCACCGGGGCGCCCGUGCGCUACGGGCAGUGCUGGGUGUUCGCGGGGGUCGUCACCACCGUGCUGCGGUGCCUGGGGCUGCCCACGCGGACGGUGACCAACUACAACUCGGCACACGACACCGACGUCUCCCUCACCACCGACAUCUACCUGGACGAGAGCAUGAAGCCCAUGGAGCGCCUCAACACCGACUCCGUUUGGAACUUCCACGUGUGGAACGACUGCUGGAUGAAGAGGCCCGACCUCCCUGCGGGCCACGAUGGGUGGCAAGUGGUGGAUGCAACCCCCCAGGAGACCAGCAGUGGGCUGUUCUGCUGCGGGCCCUGCUCCGUGGAGGCGGUGAAGAACGGGGAGGUCUUCCUCAAGUACGACACCCCCUUCGUGUUCGCUGAGGUGAACAGCGACAAGGUGUACUGGCAGCGCCAGCCCAACGGCACCUUCAGCGUGGUGCACGUGGAGGAAGGCGCCAUCGGGCGCCGCAUCAGCACCGUGGGGCCGGGCUCGGGGGCCCGCCUCGACAUCACCCACCUCUACAAGCACCCCGAGGGCUCAGCCGAGGAACGCCGCGCCGUCUCCACCGCCACGGCGCACGGCUCCCGGCCCCACCGCGCCGGUCCCGAUGGGGCUGGCAGUGGGGCCAGCAGCGGGGGGGAGGUGUCGCUGUGGGUCACGGCCGAGGAGGCGGUGGCCGGGGCCACGCUGGAGCUGAGGGCGCGGGCCCGAAACGAGGGGGCGGAGCCUCGGACACUACGGCUCCGCCUGUCGCUCGCCGGCGUCACCUACACCGGCGUGACGGCGGCCGCCUUCCGGAACGAGCAGCACCGGCGUGUCAUCCCCCCCCAGCAGGGGUAA